UAAGGCACGCACCAACCUUUCCUCCUAGAUACCUCAGAAACCCUCCGGUUCUCCUCGACCCCUCCUGCUACGGCAAUGGUGACCAGGAGGCUGCCCCUGAGCUCCCUCUUCCAUGGCAAGGCAAGGGACACCUCGCCGUCGCGGACUCCUCCCGCUACCGCCGUCGCGGCAGCAUGGCCGUGGCCGUCCAGCAAAAGCACGUGCACGCAGUCCACCCGCUCCGCGCAGCCGCCGGCGGGCACCAGGACCGUCGCCUCCAUCGUCCUCGACUCCGCCGAGUCCUCCUUCACGGCGUCCUCCGCGCGGCAGGACUGCUCCGACAGCCUUUCCACGGCGUCCGACACGUCGGCUUCGGCGGCGCCGGUGGCGGCGUGCGACGACGAGGCGGACGACGCCGUCGUGCGGGGGAUCCGCUCCGACCGUCUCCUCUUCGACCCGGGCGCGUCGGCCACGAGCUCCAUCCUCGAGGAGAAGUCCGGGUGCGCGGGCGCUCGCGGCGGCGGCGGCGACGAGGAGGCGUUCGGCGACGCCGUGGCGGUCGCUUUCGAGUCAGCGGACCCGUACGAGGACUUCCGGGCGUCCAUGGAGGAGAUGGUGGCCGCGCACGGCGUCGGCGACUGGGGCUGGCUCGAGGAGAUGCUGGGGUGGUACCUGCGCGCCAACGACAGGGACACGCACGGCGCCAUCGUGGCGGCGUUCAUCGACGUCGUCGUCGCCAUUGCCGACCCAUCUCGCGAGGCGUGCUCUUCCCAAAGCUCUUCCUGUACGUUUGCGGCGGGUGAGCUGGAGGAGGCGAAGAGGGGUAGUAGUAAACCUACUGGGGUACUCACCGUGUGA